UGAAGCUGUACAAACCAGCUCUGUCCUGCUUUUCAUUGAUCAGCUCAACUGAUAGUUCGCACUGGACAGUUUUGAUUCAGUUGUCUCGUUCAUCAGAGAUGUCUGUGGUUAUUAGAAAGAUGAUUUACACUGCAGCUGCUCCAGCCGCGAUCGGGCCCUACAGCCAGGCUGUCGUGGUGGAUCACACAAUGUACAUCUCAGGACAGUUGGGCAUGGAUGUUGCCUCUGGACAGCUGGUUGCUGGUGGGGUGCAGGCCCAGGCCAAACAGGCACUUAUUAACAUGGGGGAGAUUCUGAAAGCCGCUGGAUGUGGAUAUGAAAACAUUGUCAAGACAACAGUGCUGUUGGCAGAUAUAAAUGACUUCAAUAACGUUAACGAUGUUUACAAGCAAUUUUUCAGCCAAAAUUUCCCAGCUAGAGCUGCCUAUCAAGUAGCUGCCUUACCCAGAGGGGGGCUUGUUGAGAUUGAAGCAGUUGCUGUCUUGGGACCCAUAACAGACGCCUCCUUACUGUAUGACCAAAGAAUGCACAACAAAUUGUAAAUCAGCUAUAAGGAGAAAGCCGCAGCCACAAAUUAGAAAAUAAAUCACACUCAUUACAUCAUGUGCUUCAACAGAAAAACAGCUUUCCAUUACUAAGUGCAUUUACUGUUGUUGCUUCAUCACAACAUUCACUUAAUCUAUAAUAACAACAAUGCAAAACAUAGUUCAAGUUCAAGUUUAUUUUUAAAAUCAUUAUUACAUUAGACCACGCAAAAAUUACAUUUCUACAUUUCUUCCAAUUAGAGAGAGUUCUCUUCCAUACCCUGUUUCUGUCAUGAAAACAUUAGCAUCCCAUCAUUGUAAAUAAUGUCAUUAUUGUAAAUGCAUAUAAUAUGCACGGGAGGUUUUCCUUUCAUGAUAAAGUGGUCAUUGUAACAUUUAUGGUAAAACAAAAUGACAAUUUAGAAUUGUCAUAUUCUUUUUGGCCUUUGCAUCUCCAAUAUGAUAUAUUUAAGGAAAUAAAGAAGGAAAUCUAUGGUUAAAGUCUGCACUUAUUUGCAUUCUGUAUAUAUGCUGUAAAAGAGUCUUUGAAGACCAGUGUGUCUAUGCCUUGGCAACAAACAAGCAAUAACUGUAUACUAAAGAAGCUACUGUUUCAUUGUAUUUUUAAACAAUCUCAAGUGAAAUCCUGAUUGUGCUGGAAAUAUGUGUUCCAAUCUGGAUUCUGCUGAAACUCUGGCAACCAAUGCACACUUAACUGUCUUCACAGGUAGCUGAAAAUGAGUGAAUAUGGGAAAAUAGUUACUGUACAUAUGCACUAACACUUUUUUAUAUAUAUAUAUA